AUGGCCGCCCCCAACUCUCUCCAGAGAAUGGAGCGCUCCCACUACUCUCCGCCAUGGGCCAACACGAGCAUCAUUGGCGUUGCCGGCAGCUCGGGUUCCGGCAAGACGUCGCUUGCUCUGGCUAUCAUCAAGCAGAUGAGCCUGCCUUGGGUUGUCAUUCUGUCAAUGGAUUCGUUCUAUCGUCCCCUCACUCCGGAUCAGAUUGCCGCUGCUCACAGGAACGAGUAUGAUUUCGACUCGCCUGAUGCCAUCGACUUUGAUGUUUUGAAAAAGGCUGAGAUUCCUGUCUACUCCUUCGAGAAGCAUUCUCGUCUGGACAAGACUACAACAAUCUACUCUCCUCACGUGCUCAUCUUGGAAGGCAUUUUCGCCCUCCACGAUCCACGCGUGCUCGAUCUUCUCGAUCUGAGAAUCUUCUGUGAGGCAGAUGGAGACCUCUGUCUUUCACGAAGAAUCGUUCGAGACAUCAAGGAACGUGGUCGUGACAUUGAAGGCUGUAUCAAACAGUGGUUCACUUUUGUCAAGCCAAAUUUCCACAAGUUCGUGGAGCCUCAGCGGAACGUAGCUGAUAUCAUCGUGCCUCGCGGCAUUGAAAACAAAGUCGCCAUUGACAUGGUAGCUGACCGCAUCCACAAGACUCUACACAUCAAGUCAGAGGAGCAUCGUGCCGAGUUAAAGCGCCUGGGCAAAGAAGCAAAGGAUCUUCCUCUCUCACCCAACGUCGCCAUCCUGGACGGGCCUUCACAAAUCACAGGCAUCAACACCCUCCUCAGCAGCAACGAGACAAGUCGUGAGGACUUUGUCUUCUACUUCGAUCGCCUCGCUGCUCUGCUCGUGGAGCGUGCAACAGAGAAUGCCGAUUUCAAUGCCAUCACUGUCACGACACCAUCACCGCACAGUCAUGACUACAGUGGCUUGCGAUUGACUGGCGAAGUUAGUGCUGUUGUCAUCCUCCGCGGCGGCAGCAUUCUCGAGACCGGUCUGAGACGCGUCAUCCCCGACUGUCGCACUGGACGUAUGCUCAUCCAAACCUCCUACCGCACCGGCGAGCCCGAGCUGCACUACUUCAAAAUGGCCGGCGACAUCUCCACACACAACAAGGUGUUGCUGUUGGAUCCGCAAAUGUCUAGUGGUGGUGCUGCUCUGAUGGCUGUUCGUGUGUUGUUGGAUCACGGUGUGGAAGAAAGCAGGAUUGUGUUUGUGACGUAUAUUGCUGGCAAGAGAGGAUUGAACAGACUCAUGACCGUCUUUCCUGAUAUUCACGUCGUCGCUUGCAGGGUCGUUGACGACUAUGAGGAAAGAUGGGUUGAGAAUAGGUAUAUGGGCUGCUAG